CUCCGUAUCAAGGAGGCGUUUUCUUUCUUGAUAUAAACUUUUCAGUAGACUAUCCAAUUAAACAGGCAAUGUUUAAAUUUACCACGAAAAUAUUUCAUCCAAAUGUAUUUCCAAAUGGUAAUAUAUGCAUGGAAAUUCACGGGAAUCAACGCACUCUCACAAUCUCCAAGCUAUUAAUAUCAAUUUGUUCCCUGUUGGACGAUCCAAAUACGGAUGAUCCAGCUAAUCCUGAAGCUGCACAUCUUUAUCGAUUCAAUCGUGAUAAAUAUAACAAAAUUGCACGUCAAUGGACACGGAAGUAUGCUAUGUGA